AUGAAGAAACUAUUUGGCCACAAGCCAAAGUCGGGCAAGACCGCCUCAGGCUCCAGAGACUUUGCUACAGAGGAAUCCCAACCGCCACCAAAACCCGUUCUCUCCACACCUGUGUACCAGAAACUCGCGACACAUGGAAACCACAUCAUCCAGGCCCCCAUAGCUCAACUGCCCCAGCAACUUCAACAGCCCGCUCCGCCCCCAUCAGCAGACGAGCACUGGGAGAUCCUGCCCUCCCAGCAAGACACCACUCACUUUCCCAAUCCGCACUCACCUCCACUCAUCCAUACCCCUUCGCGGUCGUCGUCUUUCAAUUCACUGCCACCCAACACUUCGCCUCCACUCGGCAGCCCCGUUCCUCCAAGAUCAGCGUCUCCUAUGGGCUCGGUUUCAACCAUGUCGAAUCCCAACAAGCUUGUGCGCCAGCACGAUCCCCAACGGGACGCGUAUCUGCAUGCGAAUGCGAACCGGAAGAAAGCACAGCCCACGGCACCCGUCGCCCUGGGCAUCCUGCGAGCGCUGGACCCGCCUCGCGCCGAGGUGCCCGUCAUGAUGCCUACGAGAUCGCAAUCGGAAGAGCGGUACUCGAUCUCUGAAAACGGACACCCGCAUCCAGGACGCGAGUCUGUCGAGAAGAAGGAGAAGCGCGGCUUUUGGGGCAGGGACAAAGACAAGGAGAAGGAGAGAGAACGAGAAAGGGAGAGAGAACGGGAGCGGGAGAGAGAAAGAGACGCGCAGAGAGAGCGAGAGCAGAUGCACAAGGAGCGCGAACGGGAGCGGGAGAGACCACAUGGUGACCAUCGCGGCAGAGAGUAUCGUCGAGAGGACGAGGGCCACGCCGAGCUCACCAGGAUGAUCGGCUAUCUAACUGCGACGGCGUCGGAGGAUUGGUCUCUUGUCCUGGAGGUCUGUGAACGGGCGUCUGCGAAUGAGGCAAACGCCAAAGAGGCUGUCCGUGCUCUUCGGCGUGAAUUCAAGUACGGAGAACCCGCCGCUCAACUAUCCGCUGCUCGGCUAUGGGCAAUCAUGUUGCGAAAUUCAUCAGAUGUGUUUAUUUCUCAAUCGACGUCUCGCAAGUUUCUCGAUACCCUAGAAGAUCUACUCUCCUCGUCCAGAACAUCACCUGUUGUCCGAGAACGUCUCCUCGAGGUUGUCGCUGCUGCUGCUUAUGCUAGCGGAACCAAGAAGGACAGCAAGCAUGAACGAGAGGGAUUUAAAGGGCUUUGGAGGAGAGUAAAACCUUUCGAUAAACCGGAGGAGGGUGUUCCCUUCGACACCGACGACGCCAUGUUUCACCCCCCGGCCUCAGGCCGUGUGUCUGGCUUCGAUGUCCCUGUCGUCUCGUAUCAGGAGCCGAGUCCCCUACCCGCCGAUUCGUUCCCUCCAACCCCUACCCCUCAAACGGUCAAAAAGCGUAAAUCGCCAACACGGAACCGGAUCAUACCACUCGAGGAGGAUAUGCGCCGCCUCUUCCAGGAGUGUAAGAUCGGGCAAGGCAAUGCUGCCCUACUUUCACAGGCUCUGGCCCUAUCGCGACCGGAGGAUCUGAAAAAGAAAGAAAUCAUCAAGGAAUUCCAUGCAAAGUGCCGCGCUUCGCAGGAACUAAUCUUCGCUCAAAUACCUUGGGCCUCUGCUGGUGCCGAACGUUCCCGUGCCGUCAAGGAUCAGGAGAGGAACGAGCGGAAUCCAGCCAGAAAGCGGACGAUCUCGAACGAUAUUCACCUGGCUGUCUCAGAGCCGGAUUCACCGAUAGAGCUGACGAUAGAGGAGAGGCUGCUCGCGGCGCUGCUGGCUGCGAAUGCAGAGCUGCUCGAGGCGCUGAAGCAGUGGGAAGACCUUGAUCGUAUCGCUAUGGAGAAGAAGGCGGAGGACCGCAGUCGAAAAGAGACGAGGAUGGAUAGACGCCAACUCGAUCAGGAGGGCAUUUCCGAAGACUUUCCCUCUGCUACCACUGCAGCUGGCGGCUCCUCCCGGAGUCCGUCGCCCAUCUCCCGCUCGCAUUCACCACAGCCUUCUCUCACUCACCCUCGCCCACGGCCACACCACCUGCCCCUUGGAUCAGAGUCAGAUAUUGACCCCACCCUCAUUGGCCAGAACCUCGCGCCGCCUCCAGCCGCACCGCAUGGCCCGCGAUCCCCAGUGCAGGUGUCGCACUCGAGAACGCCCUCACCUGGUACGCCCAAGUUGGAACCCCAGGCUAAUGGCCAUGGGCAUGAUGGGUACGCAUACGACGAGGACGUCCGGUCGCUAAAUGGGGUCGGAGGAUCUAGAGAAGAGGAAGACAACUACGACUAUACGCCCAUUAAACCCAGUGCGAAGGCGCUGGGCAAGAGGAAAGUCGUCGAGCCGGAGGCUGUGUCAGACCCGCCGUUCGAUCCAGACGAUAUCUACUACUCGAAAGAUAACUCGUUCUUGGCGAACGAUACGAAAGGCGAACCGGACUUCGAGGACGAGACGGACACCCGCUGGCGCCGCCCCCCAACACAAUUCGUGUACGACGCUGUGGCGGAGAGGACACGCCAGAGACUAGAAGGAGAGAUUCACGAGCUGCGGGCGGCUAAUGGGGUGCAUUAG